AUGACCUCGUCGAAAGACCACGUACAAAUGGGAGAUUAUGGAAUCGACAGCAAACCAAAGAACCGCACGGCUAGCGCGCGAUCUAAUAGAAGAAAAUUGAACCUGGAGCAAAGGGCUGAUGCUGCAAUCGACGGAUUCGAUGACAACGAUGCGUCCUCCGAGUUGAACAUACGUGUGAAAGAUCGCGCGGGGGAUGAUGUUGUAACACCUGGCAAGAAGAGUCGAAUGGGAAACCUUUUUAAGGAGGCCCCCAUCAAAGGAUUCAAAGAAGGAGCUGCCGAUGCUUUGAAACGUCCACUUACAGGAAUAUUUCGUAGACCGGGGUCUCGUUCUGGACGAAAGCGAGAUGAGGAUUCAGUCGCUUCUGGAGUUGGUCAAGGCCCAAGUUUUGUGGAUGAGCGCAGUUUAUCGCCCGAGCCAGCUGCAACCAUAAGAAUGCGGGAUGACACGUCACCAGCCGAAUAUGAUGCGAUCGCCAGAGCCCCACAUCUUACAGCAUCACAGCUGCACGGGAUGUUACAGAUUGACGCGUUCGCAUCAAAGUAUUCGCAUCUUGCAAAACUAGACGAUAUCGAUAUCUCACUCCUUUCUCGUUAUCUUUACACUGAAGAGGAAACUAAAGAUGAAGAGGUGCCAUGGACCUGGGAUUAUCUUUUCGCAUCAGUCUCUUCGGAACUGAGAGAGGAAUGGGCACAAGAAGAAGCUGAUGACGCAUGAUCAGCAAAUCUUUCAGUUUCUAUACUAUCACAUCAUUCAUCGUUGACGAACGUACUCUCUGGUAAAAACCGCGGUCUCGAGUGCUGCGAACUGUGCUGUACGUGGAACCAAAUCUGAUUCACAACUAGUCACUCUCUCCACUUCUUAUGUCAUGCGAAAUUUUCUGACUUGUUCGUGCCAAUCAUAUCGAAUUUUUCCGCAUCAUCGUGCCAUAUCUAGUGUAUAUAGAGCACAGAACCGUUGGUUGUUGGAGAUAUUAUUGAUCUCAUAUCUGAUCUCCUUUUUUGGACUUCAGCACUGUUGCUGCUAGAAUUAACUAUCUUGAGUAAAACUAUC